AGUCACCAGUCAGCUGUUGCUUGCAGAGGCAGAAGAAGCAGAUCGGCAUUCACAUUUCUCACUUAAAACAACUUAAACAAUAUUUAAUUAAAAUUGUGCACAAAACAUGGCCGAUGAUGCCGAAAACUCCGUGGACAACAGGCCAACGGACGACAACAAGCCGGAGAAAAUGUUCACGCUGAAAAAAUGGAACGCCGUUGCCAUGUGGAGCUGGGACGUCGAGUGCGACAUCUGCGCCAUUUGCCGCGUCCAAGUCAUGGCCAAAAAACAAUGCAACCGCAUUUGGUUCCCUGCAAUUUGCAUUGACAAUCAAAUCUAACGGGGCUUCUAACAACAAAUGCAUAAUACACAGAUUCAAGAUUGAUCAGCAGCUUAUAUUCCCACCCGCAUCUGGCUUGCAGCUUUGUGCUCUAGACGCAAACGUUAGCCAACUCGACAAUAUUGAGAUAUCCAUCCUCUACAAAAGAAACCCAACAACAGCUUGAUAUCUGCAUAUCCAGUUAUGUUUGUUAUAUAUAAAAAAUAAUAUUCUGCUGGGUAAACGAACUCGUCAGAGGAACAAGCAUAUCCCUGACUUUUCUAUGGAUAUUGUAUUGCCUUGGGCGAAAAUCAUAAUAUCACGUCCCUAACUUGGAAUCGACCUAAUCAAGUUUUCAACUAGAUCCAUGUUAAUCACUUUCCAAGCCAAUUCCAAUUGUUCGUCUGCGGUUUUUCGUUUCUUGAAAUUCUUAAGCUAAAAUGGAUUAGGCAUGGAAAGGUAUAGAAGAUUUAAUAUCCUUACAGACAUCCAUUAGAUUAGUUUUCUAGCUUCUAUAUAAACUGGAUGUCAUUAUAGUCGCAUGACGAUUUUGAGUCCCUAAUAACUGAGUUUUCUUGGAAAAUGACAAACUGAUUUACAGUUUCUGAUAUUUGCCAAUUUCAUUUGAUGUUUAUCUAAAGAAAAUCGUAUUUUCUUAUUGAAAAUUUGCUAUUAUUAUAUUAUACACUUUCAACAUUGAGAAAACAUUAGAAAAAGGCAACGGCGCAUAAACAAUAUUAGAACUUAGUUGGAACGGCUGUUGAUAUAUUAUUCUAUUAGUAGGGAUAUAUUUUUAUAGAUGCUUUAAUGUAUUUUACAAGACCAGCAUUUGAACAUCUUAUUUCUAUAGCCUCCUCCGACCCCAAACAAAAAUUACCUAUAUCAUAAGUUCAUCUGUUUUUUUCUAUACAAAUUCAUUUCCAUUUAAUUGUAAAAUAUCUAAGCCUUGGUAUUUACCAAGUUAACCAGGCUCUUAAUACAUUACCAUAAUCUAAUCAACAUCAAAAUCGAAAGCUACUAAAUCGUAUUAUUUUAGCUCGUAAAUUUAUCUUAUGUCUGGGUUACUUUUGUUUUAUUUCUUCUUUCGAGAUAUCUUUAUCAAAAUUCGCAAUUAAUGUGCUUCACUUUUCUACUUAUCUGUGUAAAUGAGGGUAUUUAAGUUUCGGCGUGGCUGUUUAACUGAGUUUCAGGAGAAAGAUUUCUUGAGAAAGAUUUUCGAUCCGCUUGAGUUUGACAUACUUUUCUAUAUAGAUUGUCUUCAGUCAAAUGUUUGUAAAGAUUGCUUUUGGCUUGCAUUUAUUAAAACAAAAUAAGAAAACACAUUUUGUGAAACAGAGUCGAAUCUUUAAUUUAUUAUUGCUUAUAAUAUGCCUCUGGGCAGGGAAUGCCUCCCGCAGGGUUUUUUUUUUUUUUGUUUUAAAACAUUCGCUUAUACAAUUUAUUUUCGAUUAGAAGCGAAAUAAAUUGACUUUUUCACUGCGAUUAUUUAAAUAUUUUCCGAGCACAUUAUUAUCAGGUGCAUUCAUCCAAUAAAUGCAACGCCAUUUUCAGAUUUCGUGGCUUUGCCCGCCAGAUCCGAACUGUGCACGACUAUCUCUGACUUUGUAUACGUCGAAUAUUCUAUAAAUAUGGAAAAUAAUCAAUUGUAAUCGUGGCUGAUAUUUUCGCAUGCACCGCAUGUGCAGCUGCCAUGUGUGCCAUAUGUGCUCGCAUGUGUGUAGGUGCAUAUUUGGUGCACUCUAGAAUGGGCUGGGCUGCGAUAUAUAUGUCUCUCUCUAUAUAUAUAAAAUAAAAUAUAAUGCUCACGUAUUUGCAACGACAUUGUGCAACUGUAAAUUGCAUUUCGAAGGUCGCAUGCAAAUAUGUGUGUUUCAUAUUGCAUUCAAAA